UCUCUCUCUUGCUCAUUCGUGUUUGCGUCAGUAUGUGAACCUCAGCUUUAGCCUGACGCUUCAUGAGGUUUAACUUCCUGUAUUUGUACAUUGAGUAGGUUUGUGACAUUGCUUUGUGACUUUUCAGUCGAACUCCAGAUACAGAACCAGUCGGUGGUAGAAACAGAUGAUGGCGAUGGUGACUAACAGACUUGGGUGUUUAUCAGUUCUUGUUUUGCUGCUGACUUUGAGUAGUUUUGUGACAUCAAGAUAUCUUAGGACGAAAAGGGAAAUUAGUCACAACACAACAUCGCUAAACAGCAACGACACGCACAGUACAACAAAUGUAGCUGAAGCCCAGAAUACAAGUAGCACCACUCUGGAAACUUUAAAGGCUUCAAGUGCAUUACAUACAGCAGAAGUGACAACUGUAACACCGGAUUUAUAUAUCUCUACAACUACAGAUUACCAUCAUACACCAGAUUUGAACCACACCCAACAGAAGUACACUGCAGGAACCGAGAACCUGACAGUCCACCAGCACACAGAUAAUGAGAGUACUUUGCACACCCAACUUCCCACAAUAAGUAAUAGCAAUGGUACUGGACACAUUUCACAAGCAGGAAGUUCUGCCCCCACGCUUCCUGCAUCAUUGGAGCCCGGUAAGGUAACAGAAAAGCAAAUGACAACAGCCACUAUGAAGAUGUCUACAGAAACGAGAAGACGUACCACUGCAGCUAUCUCAAUGACCACUAGAAAAUCAACCACAUCAACCCACUCAUGUUCCACUGCCUCUUCUCAUGAGGGCGGACUUGUGAGUCGCUGCCUCAUCGCCAUCGCCUCGAUGGCUGCGCUGACGACCAUCUUCAUCAUUAGCACCAUCUGCCUGGCUACAAAACUUUCGACAUACAGAUACAGGCACAAGGCACAUCUUCUCCAGGAGACUGAGAUGGUCUGCAUUUCUGCCCUUAUGAAUGAUACCGAUCACCCUGUUCCAAAGCCAAGACGACACCCUAAAAGUAAUGGAGCACUGAUCCCGAAUACUGAGGAUGGAGAUCCUGACGGAGAUAAUCUUACUCUAAACAGCUUUCUUCCUGAUACCGAGGGCCCUCUUUAGAAGUUUAGACCUUGCUGUAUGCACUGUAUGCACGGAAAUGUUUACUCUCUAACACUGUGGUUAUUUUAAGUGCUCAGGUUUGACCGAAACUCAGCUCUAGAGUGGUUUGCACUGUCAAAAGAUCAAAAAAUAGAAUUCACAGCAUAUCUGUGCAACAGGGAUCUCAGUGUCUCACUCAAUGACAUUCAAUAAUUUGAUACCUGGUUUUGAAGUGCCUUUUACAUCAACCAUUUUGUUUUUUUUUUGUACAAUAGGAUAUAUAUGCACAUUACAAUUUUUUUUCUUUAUACUACUGUUCGUUCAUAACCCAGACGUAGAUCUUGCACAUUAUUGAUCUAGAUUGAUUUGUUGCUGUUCUUUUUUUAUAUACUGGGAUUAACCAUAACCUUAUUACUGUACUUUACUGUGGAUUAAAAAAAAAAAAAAAAAAAAAAUUGUUUCAAUUCUAAGGAUUUAUGUAUAUGCAUGUAUAUAUUAAGGUUUUUUUUUUUUUUUCUCCUAUAAUCAGUGGAACAUUUAUAUUUUAAUUGUUUUUGCAUGUUUGAAACUUUUACAAUCAUUCCAGUGUUGAAAUACUAUACUACUUUCUCUGAGGAGCUCAGGCAUUAGUGAGGGUUGGCAGCAUAUACUGCUGAAUAUGUUCUAUUCCUGCCUGUGGUUCAACCAGCGCUGUAUAAUUUACUUUAACAGAAUGAUGUUAGAGAUUAUCACAGUCUGAAUAUAACAUAUCAUUGCAAAUGUACAUAAAAUAUAUUCUUUCACAAGUUCCCAAAAAGAAUUUUGCUUUCGCGCCGAAGCUACACACUGGCCAUUUUUAAUUCACACAAUUGAAAAAGUCAACAAGAUUAACACUGAAAAAAGCAAGAUGUAGUUUUGUCUGUUUUCACAUUUAUUUUAUUUUCUUUUUAAUUUUGUAGUUACUUUUUUAUUUUUAUUUUUUAUACUGUAUAAUUGUCCCUUUUCUAUGUACGUUCUGUAUGUGUAGUUGACUCUAUUAUAAAUGUUUAUGAUCUUGAUAGAUGAAUGUUGUGCAAAAUGAUAGUCAUUGUACAGUGUUAUACCCAAAUUAAUUUAAGAAAUGUUAAAUAAAUUCUCAAGUCAAUUUGAA